AUGUUUUUUGGCGGUGCACCUUCAACAACAACCACAGCGAGUACUACUCCAUUUGCAUUUGGUGGUGGUUUGACUACGACUGCUGCAACGAAUGCAGCUACGGCACCUUCAUUUUCAUUUGGUUCUAGUAGCUCAACAAGUGCACCUACAAGUACACCAUUUGGUAGUAGUAGUACUAGUACUGGAGCAUUUGGAUUUGGUGCAACAUCAGCACCAGCACCUGCUGCUAAUACAACAGGCAGUUCUUUUUCGUUUGGUUCAGCACCUACAGCUGCAAGUACUCAACCAUCUUCAUUUUCAUUUGGAUCAACUCCAGCAGUUUCAACAAAUCAACCAUCUGCAUUUGGAUUUGGAUCAACAACAGCAGCACCAGCACCAGCUGCACAACCAUCUUCAUUUUCAUUUGGAGGAACAACAGCACCAGCUCCAACAACACAACCAUCAUCAUUUUCAUUUGGAGGAGCAACUGCUGCACCAACUUCUACUCAACCAUCAUCAUUUGCUUUUGGUGCAACACCUGCAGCCUCUUCAACACAACAACCAUCAUCAUUUGCAUUUGGUGGAACACCUGCAGCUACCGUUGCUUCUGUUCCAACUACAACAGCUUCUUCUUCUUUCUCAUUUGGUGGAAGUUCAUCAACGGCAACACCAUUCGGUAGUACUACAACAGCAGCAGCAGCGCCCAUUUCUUUCGGAGCAACACCAGCAACUAACUCUGGUCCAAGUUCAGCAGGUUUUGCACCUUCAUCAUCGCUUUUUCCAUCAAGUUCAUCAACAACAUCAUUUGCACCAAUUGCUGCGGCUACGACUGCACCAUCUUCAUCUCUUUUUUCAUUUGCUUCUGCGCCAGCAACUACAGCAGCAACAACAACAACUACUCCAUCGAAUUCUCUAUUCGCAUUUGCAACUCCUUCAGGAACUACUGCUAAUCCUACAACAACAGCUGCUGCUGCUUCAUCAAAUUUUGCUUUUGCACCAACACCUUCUGUUGCAACAGCACCAGUUGCAACAUCUACUCCAGCUCCUUCUCUUUUCUCAUUCUCAGCAGCUACAACAACAUCGUCAGCUUCAUCAACAACACCAUCAUUUGCAUUCACUGCUCAACCUACCGUUACAACAACAACUAGUACUCUUGCUUCAUCGGCAAUUCCAUCAUUUUCAUUAGCAACAACUACCACUACUGCUAGUACGAUACCUACAGCAGCGACUCCUUCAUUUUCAUUUGGAAAUCCAUCUACAGCAGCAGCAACAACGACAACAACAAAUAUAACAUCGAAUGCUCCUCUUUCAUUUACUGUUCCCACAGCAGUAACAUCAACAGCACCAACUUCAAUUAGUUUUCUUCCCAGUACAACAACAACAUCAGGAAAUACUGUCCUUUCAAAUAUUCUUUCUUCAUCAUCAACAACUGCUACAACAUUAUCAACUACUACAAGUACACCAAGUACUCUAACAUUUUCUAUUCCACCAAAAACAACAACACCAAUUGGCUUUUCAUUACCUACAACAGCAGCAUCAACUGCUACUACUACUAGCACAUUAUCAGGUGUACCAACACUUACAACAACAACAAGUACUACUGGUCUUGGUGGCCUAUCUGCACCUCCAUCAACAACUACAACACCCAGUACAUCAACUACGGGUACAAGUGGUUUAUUUACAACAGCCACAUCAGGUUCUACAAGUAUUAUUCAAAAACCAAAAGAAUCAUCUGAUCCAAUGGAUCAAUUAUUACCACCAGAAUUAGAUAAUCUUGUUGAUAAUUUUAUUACAAUGUUAUCUGAAACUGAACAAUUAUUAACUGAUAUGGAACAUACAUCAACAAGCAAAUUUAUUAAUGUUCAUGAACAAAUUGUACGUGUUCAACAACAUGUUUUAGAUAUUCAAAGUGAUGUUCAAAGAGAUGAAGCAACAUUUGCUCAAAUUAAUCAAGCAUAUCAACAGGAACUUUAUAAUGCAACAAUUUGUAAAUAUCUUCGAUCAUUACCAUUAGGUGCUGAUAUUGAAGAUCGUGUUGUUGAUAAUUAUUUAAUGCAAAAAGUGGAAGAUAUUAAAGUAAUUUAUAAGCAAUGUCAAGAUGUUUUAGAUUGUGCUGAAAAACGUUUACAAACAAAUGGUUUAGGUGUUACUACUGAAGAUUUAGUUGCAACAGCUAAGAAUGUUUAUACAGGAAUGAUAACUGCUGGUUCAAAAGCAAAUCAAUCACAUAAAUUAGUUGAAGAUCUUAGAUAUCGUGUUCUUGGUCAUCAAAAUAAUUCUAAUGAUGCUUAA